AAAGUAGUUUACGUGCGUGUGUAGUGUUUCGUGUGUUAAAACGUCAUUCGUCAACUUUGCCUUUGCCUAUUGAAAGUAACCAAUAAAAAUAUACAUACACCUCAAUAUUUGUUAUCUUUCGCGAUGUAUAAAUUCACGAUUUCGAUAAUUGCGUCUUCGUAACACUGCAGUUUAAUUGAUGAAAAUAAUAAUAGCAUUACUUGUUUUGUUUUUUUGUGUUUAUGGCAUUUCAUCUCUAAAAUUAAAGUGAUAACAAUGUAUAUUAUUUAUUAUGUUUUAUUAGUUCUUGUUUUUACAAUUGAAUAUGUAAGUACAGUAGAGGAAACUUUAUUGAAGAUGUCCAAAGAAGAGAGGAUGAGUUUAAGGGAGGAAUCAAGGCAAAUGUUCUACCAUGCUUAUGAUGCCUACAUGGAUAAUGCUUAUCCAGCAGAUGAGUUGAUGCCGCUCACUUGUAAAGGCAGAUGGAGAGGAGUGACACCAAACCGUGGAGACCUGGACGACGUGCUUGGAAAUUUUUCCUUAACUCUUGUGGACAGUCUUGACACCCUGGUGGUAAUGGGUGACUUCCAAGAGUUCAGCAGAGCCAUCAAGUUGGUCAUCAGUGAUGUCACCUUCGACCAUGACAUAAUAGUGUCAGUCUUUGAAACCAACAUACGAAUGCUUGGUGGCUUGCUUUCGGCUCACGUAUUGGCGACUGCUUUAAAAAAUGAUGUACCAGCCUUGCAAUGGUACAAAGGCGAACUGCUGGCGAUGGCUGAAGAUCUGGGUCGAAGACUUUUGCCCGCAUUCAAUACUUCUACUGGGAUACCACAUGGGCGUGUAAACCUUCGUAAUGGAAUAAAAGGUCUCUCUGAGUCAAGGGAGACUUGCACCGCCUGUGCUGGGACCAUGGUGCUGGAGAUGGCUGCACUGUCGCGUCUCACAGGACAACCUAUAUUCGAACAGAAAGCACACAAGGCCAUGGAUCGAUUGUGGACAAUAAGACAUAGGUCUUCAGACUUAAUGGGCUCUGUCCUCAACAUACACAAUGGAGACUGGGUCCGAAAGGAUUCAAGUGUUGGUGCUGGCAUCGACUCUUAUUAUGAAUACUGUUUGAAGGCAUACAUACUCCUUGGCGAUGAAAAAUACUUGGUCAGGUUCAAUAGACAUUACAAUGCUGUUAUGAAGUAUAUAAGCCGAGGGCCUAUUAUGCUCGCCGUUCAUAUGCACAGACCACAUUUACAAUCGCGCAACUUCAUGGACGCCCUACUCGCGUUCUGGCCGGGUCUCCAAGUGAUGUUAGGGGACGUCCGGCCCGCGGUCGAAACGCACGAAAUGCUGUACCAAGUGAUGCAACGUCACACUUUCAUACCAGAAGCGUUCACCUCUGACUUUCAGGUCCAUUGGGGUCAACACCCACUACGUCCAGAGUUUCUAGAGUCCACAUACUUCCUCCACCGCGCUACAGGGGACGAGCAUUAUUUACAAGUGGGUAAAAUGGUCCUAAAGGCACUGCAACAACACACUAGAGUACCAUGUGGCUAUGCGGCAGUAAACGACGUGAGAACCAGAGUACAGGAAGAUAGAAUGGACUCUUUUGUACUUGCAGAAACUUUCAAAUACCUUUACAUGUUGUUUGGUGAAGACAAGGACUUGCCAGUGAAUCUAGAGGAGUAUGUUUUAACCACUGAGGCCCAUUUUCUACCGUUGUCAUUGGCCACUGAUGGAUUAUCUGCCCCUUAUUUGAAUUUAAAAUUCGAUGAUGAUGAAGACAAGUACAAAAAGGUAUGCCCCAGCACGUCUUCGCUAGUAACACAGCAUCUUCGUGAACCGAUGCGACAAAUGUUAGGCUCCACAGCCGCGCGACCGCCCGCGAGGCUCCUCCCGCUAAACGACCCGCGACAGAUAGACGCUCUAUCGAACAUGGGCAUAUCUGUGCUGACACUGCCUGAUGGACGCGUACAGCUACUAUACACAACCAACACCGCCAGUCCACCGCGAGAUGCGGCCGAAGGGCUCACGUUCAUGCGCGAAAUGUCCAAAUGGAGUACAUUGAGCGAUAUGGAGAACGGGGUGGUCGCAGCUGGUAUUAAAAUCAACGACAAGAUAUUCCCAGCCGGGCCCGCACAGUUUGGGAGGGAAAUAACCGGGUCUGAUAGGUACGUCGGGACUCCUGUGACGGUCGACCCCAUAGACGCGUGCUCUGACAUAACAAACGCGAAGGAAGUGGCUGGCAAGUUCGCGCUAGUGGGGCGCGGACAAUGCACGUUCGCAGAGAAGGCGCGCCACAUACAAAACGCCGGAGCGACAUUCGCGAUCGUAUUAGACAACGUCAAGGACUCCAGCCACGAGACUUCAACUUUGUUCGCGAUGUCAGGGGAUGGUAAAGACGACAUUGAUAUACCCGCUGUCUUCCUCUACUCCCAGGAAGGCCUUUACUUGACCCAAGCGUUACGGGAGAACCCUGCCCUGUCUGUGACCAUUGGAGAACUACAUUCCAUGAAGCAGGAAUACGAAAAUGCGUGCGAUAACGACAACUGCGAGCCGGUUACCAAUGCGAAAACACAACCGGGUGAUAAGGAAUCGUUGAACCACUUGAGAAAAGUUCUCAGCAAACUUGUUGUACAGUUUGAACUGUCUGUGGCGAACGAAGAGCCGUCUCUCAAAUCGUAUAUAGAAAACAGUCAAGAUUUACAUGUCCCCAGAGAUAAAAUUGUAAACGAAGACGCAUGCGAUCAGAAUGUUUCGACAGCUAGCAAAGACGUCAAAGAGGAGUCAGAGAAGAAUGAAUUCGGGGAUUUCUGACACGCGACUAAGGCUUGGUACAUAAGGUAACGGCAUUUCUAUGAAAUGUAUGUUGUUGUUUGAAAUUAAGAUUGCCUGGCAAAAAAGAGUAGAUAUAUGAAAAUAGAGGCGUCACUAUCGCCAAUAUGGCAACCCACAUACGAGGCACGUAAAUGUAACCAUAACAACAUAACCUUCAAAGCCGACAGAAUAAUCACUUUUGACAGCAUAGACACUACAACUGACAAGUUGAAUAGUGUUGUAAGAGAGAAAAAAAGUUAGUUCCUUUUCUACACUUUUUUGCCAAGCUGUACAAUGUUUUAUGUGAACAACAAAGAACUGUAAAAUUUUUGUGCCUUUGAAAAAUUACUUAAUGUUUUGAAAUUAUAUUUAUUUUUUUUAAUUUUUUUUUAUGUGUUUUAAAGUAAGAUUUUAUGAUAUUUUAUUACUGAUGAUGAUUUUUAUUUGUAUUAUAUGAGAAUAACAGUAAAAAUAUGGCUGUAUAUUCAAAAUAAAAUUAAUAUGGAAAUAAUCACAAAAUACAUAAUUAUUUUCAACAUCAUUUAUUAAGGUAUAAUUCUGUCACUUGUAUAUUUAUAUUAAAUUUUACAUUGUAAUUAAAAGACAACACUGUUAAUUAUGUUUAUCGCCGAGACAUUAAAUAAAUUAAAAGAAAAAUCAAAAUUAAAUUAAUUUGUUUGAAGUGAACUUGUAUAUAGUGUUUUUGAUUAAUUUGUAAUUUUUUUACACUAUUGUAUAGUAAUGGUGAUAAGUUGUAAACUUAAAAUUAAAACUAAUAUAUAUAAAUUAUGUAUAGUCUGAUUAAAUAUAGUAAGUAAAGUCAACAAAAAUAGCAUAUCGUGUAAUAAUACUUAUGGUUUUAAUAAAUAUAUAAUAACAAUUCAUUAAAUAUUAGUUUUUACUAAACAUUAGUAGCGGUUCAAAAAAAAGUAUGUCGAAAAUCGUUAAGCUAUUUUUAUAGUUCAUACAAAGAUAAAAGACAACAUGUAUUAUAAAAUAUUUCUUUUGUAAUAAAUUGUUUCAACUA